GCUCUUCGUAACGGAAACUCUCCUUCCACCCCCCCCCCAGAAGCCCAGAGAAUUCGAAAUUUCAAAUUUUUUCAAAUCGUCCUGUUUGAAAAACGAGUUAGGGUUCCAUAACUUCACAUCGUUGCGUGGAGAAGCGAUUUUUCCUUUUCUGCCUUCUUCUCAUUCUUAUCUCAGAUCGAUUUUUAAUUACCCUGAUCAAUGGCGUCUGGUUCGUCGGGUCAAUUCAAUCCGGGUUUUGAUUUUGGGGUCGAUGGAUUCGAGGAUUACGAAUUUCCUCUUUUUUUUGAAUUCGGAUCGUGCGAAUCGUCCUACCGAAUCCAAGAAGAGCUCAAACAUAACUCAGCCUGUGGUCAUAUGAUUCAGCAAAUCAAGUGGCAAUUCAUAUCUCUAUUCGGAGACGGGAGUAAAUGUAUCUUUGAGUUUCCAGAGGCCAUUUUGUAGCCAAGCGCAUGUGAGAGGUCAUGUUAAGUAAAUCUCUCCCUCUAUUCUGUCUCUGACGAGCCGAUCUAGUUCGGCUUGUGUGAGUUAUUCACACUAUCUAGAAACAUCCAAAAGACACUCAAACAAAUUGCAUCCAAACUCAAAACACACGCAAAGAUAACAAAACUCAAACAUAAUACAACAAAUUAAUGAGCAGGAGAAAAUCACAUCACACACACACAAGAAACUCAAUCAAAAACUUGACAACAAAACUAAAACUCAGCACAAAAAACGAGCCAAUCAAAAACACUCUGAAACAAAGUUAAGUUCCACGGGCAGUCGGGCACAUAACUAAAGCACAGCAUAUCUUUCUUUACUGGCAAGAAUUCUGAGAUUCUGUUGUGGUGUUAAUUUCAGGUGAAGUACCAUUCUCUUCCCAUUUCUCUUUCUUUUUUUUAGUCUUUUACUACUAUCAAUUAUUUGUUGGUCAAAGCUGAUAGUAUUCGAGAAAAGUUAUUUAUAAUUUUUUGUCAAAUGAGCUCACAUUUAAACUUAUUAUGCUGUCUUAACGAUUUUGUUGUUUUUAUGCUACUCCAAAAGAGAAAUUCAAGCCACUACGAGCGAAAACUGAACUUUGCCCUGCAUACAAAAAGAACGAGGUAAAAUAUGGCAUAUCAUAAUUGUGUAAUUCGAUCUCGAUGCAAUUUCAGGAUGGGUCGAGUGAAGCUAAAGAUAAAGAAACUAGAGAGCUUUACUCCACGUCAAGUUACGUAUGCGAAAAGAAAACAUGGCAUCAUAAAAACGGCUAAAGAGUUAUCGAUCUUAUGCGAUGUCGAUAUUGUGCUUCUCAUGUUCUCUCCCGUGGGAAAGGCUUCACUGUGCUGCGGGAAACACAGUAUUGGAGAAUUCAUUGCCAAGUUUGCUCAACUCACUCCUCAAGAAAGGGCAAAGAGGAAGUUGGAAACUCUUGAAGCCUUGAAGAAAACAUUUAUGAAGCUUGACCACGAUGUAAAUAUAGCAGAGUUUCUGGACAGAAGUAAAUCAACAAUUGAGGAACUUUCAGGUUCUAAGAGAAAAAGUCAGGUUUCUUCAAACACACUUAUCAGAAUUACACACACGACUAAGCUAUUGAACUGAGCUCGAGAAGAUUGACAGCGUAGAUGAUUUGCAGCAACUAGAAAAUUCACUAAGAAAAUCUUUGUACCGAAUCCGUGCUCAUAAGAUGUUGUGCUUCUCAUGUUCUCUCCUGUGGGAAAGGCUUCACUGUGCUGCGGGAAACACAGUAUUGGAGAAGUCAUUGCCAAGUUUUCUCAACUCACUCCUCAAGAAAGGGCAAAGAGG